CCUGCGCAGUGCCACCCCUUCGCCACGCCCACCCGGGUCUCCCACCGCCAGCAUGGCGGCGCCCUGCGUGUCGUGCAGCGCGGCGCUUUCCCGCCGGCUCUUCCUCGGGACUCGGGUCGUCCUCGCCCGGAGCCAAGGGCUCUGGAAAGCUUCGGCGGCCGGUGCGCAGGCAGGUUCCGGCCCCCAGCUAUCAAGGCUAAUUCAUACCACGGUUGUAACAACAAAGAAAAGUGUUCCCGCCUCCAGACGCGAGGUAUACACAGAAGACUUUAUUAAAAAGCAGAUUGAAGAGUUCAACCUAGGGAAGAGACAUUUAGCCAACAUGAUGGGGGAGGACCCAGAGACGUUCACGCAAGAGGAUGUUGAUAGAGCUAUUACUUACCUUUUUCCAAGUGGUUUGUUUGAGAAACGAGCCCGGCCAAUAAUGAAGCAUCCUGAGCAGAUAUUUCCCAAGCAAAGAGCGGUGCAGUGGGGAGAAGAUGGCCGUCCGUUCCACUUUCUCUUCUACACUGGCAAGCAGUCCUAUUACUCGUUAAUGCACGACAUAUAUGGAAAGAUUCUCCAGGUUGAAAAUCAGCAAAAUCAGUUGCUACCCAAAAGUCUGCUGCCAGAAAACACCGAAGUCUUAGACCUGAUUGGCAGCAGAUGGCUGAUUAAGGAGGAACUAGAAGAAAUGUUAGUGGAAAAACUGUCAGAUCAAGAUUACACACAGCUCAUCCGGCUGCUGGAGAAGUUGGGGCGGCUGGCGAGCGGCCCUGCCGAGCAGGAGUUCGUGAGCCGCUUUCGCAGGAGCUUGGCCGUGCAGUCCAAGAGGCAGGAGGUCCCGCCCGUGCAGCACGACGCGCAGGGCAUGCCCUUCAGCACCGGCCAAGGUAGAAGAAAGACUGCAACAGCAGAAGCAGUUGUCUCUGGGCAUGGAAGUGGAAGGAUCCGAGUGAACGGCGUGGAUUACCUGCGGUACUUCCCGGUCAUGCAGGACAGAGAACAGCUGAUGUUCCCGCUCCACUUCCUGGACCGGCUUGGGAAGCACGACGUGACCUGCACUGUGUCCGGGGGCGGGAGGUCGGCGCAGGCAGGAGCCAUCCGCCUGGCCGUGGCCAGGGCCUUGUGCAGCUUCGUCAGCGAGGACGAGGUCGAGUGGAUGCGGCAAGCCGGCCUGCUCACCACCGACCCGCGCGUGCGGGAGCGGAAGAAGCCGGGCCAGGAGGGCGCCCGCCGGAAGUUCACCUGGAAGAAGCGCUGAGCCGCACCCACCCUGCCCCGGGAGGGCCAAGCCCAGGCAGCGUCAUCGUUCUCAGAAACUUGGGGGUUGCAAGGGGUUUAUUCUCAAUGCGGCUUCAUAAAGGCCGCCAUUAAAAAGUUAAAAGUAAAAA